AUGUUAGAAGGCUUCGCAUUCAGCACUAUAGGCUAUAUUGUAUCUAGAAGAGAAGACACUCUAUUACAACUAGAUAAAGAAAUUAAAGACUGGAAAGAAAAAAUCAGCAAUACCAUGAAUCCUGAGUUAUAUAACCAAAUAUUAAAAGACAUCAAUGAAAAAGUAGAAAAAAUAGAGAGAGAAGUUAUUGAGACAAAAAAGAAAAAAUAUCUCAGAGAUGUAAAUGACUAUAAAGUAGAAGGUAUUAAUCCCUCAAGUAAAUUCAAAACAUACCCUAACCAAAGAGAGAAAGAUACUUAUAGAAAACAGGACAAAAAACACCAUUCUAGAAGGCAAAAUAGUCCACAACACAGACCAGAGCAAGAUAUAAGGCGACACAAAAAUACAAUAGAAUAUCACAAUACACCGUCUAAACAUUAUCCAAGAUAUAAUAAGUAUCACGAUAUCUCAAGAAAGGAAUAUCAGAGAUACGAUAACUUUAAUAAACACCCAAGGGGUAAUACUAAGCCAUACCACCCAUCCCCAGUAAGACGACCUAAAUACAGCAGCUACAGUCAAGCUGUACAGUCAAAUAUUCCUGAAAGAAAUGACCGAAAAUCAGUACCCACAACAUAUGUGUCAAAUAGAACAGAGAGACAACCACACACCUCUAGGGUAGAUAUAGGUAAUAAACCAGACAUAUUUAGAACAGAACAUUCACCUUCUUUUUUAUGGAAGGACCCAAUCUCAGAGAGACUAAAACAAUCCCGACAUAUCAAAAUUUGGGAGUCCCCAGGCAAACGUCAGAGGUCAUCAACUCAAGAAAGAGACAUAGAAAGAGAGGAAAACACACACAGAGAAAAGAGGGGGAGAAAAUAA